AUGGCCGCUGUAUGGCAGUUGCAGACUGGAGUCAAUGAUGUCGGGGCAGGAACCACAGGCAGGCACGGAGAACCCAUCAGCAACACCAUCUGCACUCUCGGAUGGGGAAACCAAGAUGUCAGACUACUCCUGCAGCUAACCAGCUCUAUGCACUUUCCCGACCCUCAAGCAGCAUUAGUCUCUACCAACAUCACACUAGCACCUCAAUCACACGCUGGGCCUAUGGUAACCUUUCAUAGUAAAACGUUUAAAUACAGUAAGCAUACUCACAUGCAGACACAGACAAUCUCACUGACACACACAAACUCAUUGAUACACAGCCUCAUAGACAAACAAUUGGAACGUAGGGAGGAGGUGGAGAAAAAGAAUCUGGAUGAGAACCAGAAAUGAUGUUGCAAGUGCAUAGUGACAUGGAAAUGAGUCUUGAAACGCGAUGCUCCUCCUAGGAACGAGGGAAGGAACGCAAUAUGGAUAUACGUGAUGGGAUUUUAAGAACCUAUAAAUGAAGGGACUUUUGGCCUGCUAUUAUAUGUCACUAGAUUGAAGCAGUUUUAUUGGUGAAAUGCACCUCUGGGACUUUGCAAACGGCCCACCGGGAAAUUUCCUACACACUGCCCCCCUCAUGCACGCAAACACACACUGCCCCCUCACACACACUACACCCUCUACACACAAACACAGCACCCUUCACACACAAACACAGCACCUCACAGACACUCAACAAAAAGAAUAGAAAAAAUAAAAAAAAGGAAAAAAAUAGAUUUAAGUACAUAACUAAAAAACAAACAAAUCCUACUUUCUAAAUAAAAAAAUAAAAAAAAUCAAUAAUAAUAAAAAAAAAAUCGCACUUACGCUAUAAAAUUUGUUACUGCGGCACUGGUGGGCAUUAAGGACAUUUUACCACCAACAAAGAUACAAAAGUGGGCGGUAGAUAUUAAAAGGUUGACUACCCCUUUUUAUCACAAUAUUUUCAUGUUGCUGCUUGAUAAUGUUCUUUAACAGCUUUUGCCAAUUGCAUUUUAUCAUUUCAUCCUAUUUGGAAAGGAAGGAGUUGUUGAAAAACGGAAUUCCCACUUUCAUCAAACAGAGUGAGAUGCUGUGGGUCAACAGACUGCCACAAUCUCUCACUGACCACUUCAUUCGCUAAAUGUAUUAACUCGUUACUGUCUUUUGCUAAUGUAUUAAAGGGAUCCUAUAGUGAAAGGAAAACAAUCCCGUUUUCCUGGCACUAUGGGCUCUUGGAGUGCCCCCUCACUCGGUGCUGAAGGUUAAAACCCCUUCAGCCACUUACCUGAAUUCAGCGCUGAUGUCCCUCGGCGCUGGGCCAGGCCUAAGACAUAAUGCGCAUGAGCGGCAAUGGCCACGCACGCAUUAGACUUCCCUGUAACGGACCGUUUUGCACACAAGGGGUUAAAACCGUUUAGGCGAUCAUCCCCUUUCAGAUGCACAGGCACAGCUACUGUAGAACACCCAAACACACGAACCGCAUGUAAGGGAAUGCUCCAAACUCCCGAACGGCAUACACUGUAACAAUCCAAACUCACGAACUGGAACCAUACGAAUCGCUGCUAGCAGACGAAUAGGAAAAGCAUCCAAGCGGCUUACACUCCUAGCAAUCAGUCUCUAUCAGCAUACAGUAAAUCCUCCCCAAAGACGAGACAAGGCUCCGUGUUGGUGGUCAAGCAGUGGUCUGUUUAAUGAGGGCUACCUGCCCAGUAUUUAUGCAGGUCUCCCACCUGGUGGACACUCCCCUAGGGGACCAAAUGGGAGACUGUGACAAGGGACAGACGAGUAGCCAAAUAGGACACACAGUCACAUUGUAUUCCAACAAUGCAUCCCGGCUUCCUCCCCUCUGCCCUGGAGAUAAUUGAGAAGUAAUUUAAUUAUCUCCCAGGACAAAGGCAAAUCGCCAUUAUGCAUGUUUAAAAUGGCUGCGACCUCGUGUUCGGUAUACGAAUGGCGGCCACCCAGUAAUUGUCAAUUGAGCUGCGGUUAACCGCAGCUUCUGGGAGGCUAAUUGCCAGCUCCCAGGUGGUCUAGUCAUUCGUGCGGGCAGAAAAGCACGAAUAAGUCUUUUCUGCAGGGAAAAAGAUGUCUUUUAACAUGGGGCCAUAGUCCAAAGUCAGCAGGCGAGCUUCUCCAAUGCAAUGUGGCGAGAUUGCUCUCGUCACAUUCCCCAUGAAAGAGCAUUAUUCAAUGAUGACGCCCAGUAUCAGAUAAGUGCGAUUUACUCAGUGUAAAUCGCGGAAGCGGCCUUUGGUGGCUGUCAGGGAGGCUGGAUUAACCUUGCUGUGUAAACAUAGCAGUUUCUCUGAAACUGCUAUGUUUUCAGCUGCAGGGUUAAAACUAGAGGGGCCUGGCAUCCAGACCACUUCAUUGAGCUGUAGUGGUCUGGGUGCCUAUAGUGGUCCUUUAAGAAACCUGAUGCUAACUUUCUCAAGGAUCUCACUGCUUUUUAUUGUUUAUACAUUGUGUUGCACCUCUAACAGUUUCAGUUUUUUUCCUGUAGUUGAUAUUCUAACUGGUGCAAACAGGGGUUUCAAAGAAGAUUGUACACAUUUUGUAUAACUGCUUGUUUUUCCCAUGUGAUUUUUUAAUUUUUUUAAUUUGUAUUUUAUUGAGUUAAUAUCAUCAACAUACUUAUUUUCCAUAUAUGAAAAAUAUGAUAAAGCAAUAACGUGAAAAUAUGUAUGGGUACCAUGAAUAAGUCAAUAAAUAUAACAAAUAUAACAGGCAAGGCUGUCAAUUUUGUUGUCAGUGUCCUGAAGGUGUUUGGUUCUGGCAGCCUCUCUUCCCUCCAGUUCCUGCUUCGGAGGUAGGAGAUGUAGCUCCCGAGCAGGGAGAGAUGAGCUGGUCUUCUUCCUCCAGCGAGGCCUCUGAUGGCUCCAGCGCACUGUAGAUUUCCGGUGCUAUUUUUGAUUGUUGCUGCAGUGGUGGUCGCUCCAAAAAGAGAAGCCUGAUAUCAGGCUGGUGGUGCAGAGCCUCUGGGCGGUUGUGCCUCUUGUUCUUGCGCCCCAUUGUCUCUGUGUGUGGGGGAUCCGUUUCUGGCAUUGUUAACUGUUGUUUUGCAGCAUAUUUUCUCUAUUUUCCUGUAGGCCCAAUCGGAGCUCAGGGAAUAUGCGUCUGCUCAGAAGCUCUGUAGGUCACGCCCCUCCCUUAGUUGUGAUUUUAAAGUCCCCAUGCUCUGUUGCAAUUUACAUUGA